GGGAUAUGCAAGAUUGUAAUUUACAACUUCCACCGGUUUUCUAUUGAGUAAAUCUUUGCCCUUGAUGUCUUUACUCUAUUCUUCACACUAACAACUUGUGAACUAUGACCCAAAAAGGAUUUUUACUAAGGUUUUGAUAUCAUUGCUCUACUGUGUCGGAGAUGUUGACUGUAAUUGUUCUGUGACUCAGAUUUGAAGCAUACAAAAUCCCGAACAUGCGAAAUUGCGGCGUGGGUGUCUACUAAGCGGCGUGGACAGUUGGUAAGCGGCGUGAGCAUUUAUCAAGCACUCUAUCCCUCCAUUUCUCUUGUUCACCGAGUACCUGCUUCACUCAACUUUGUUCCUCGAAUGCCAGCAUGUCGAACGAGUUCUUUUCCGCCGAAUCAUGGCGGUCCAUUAGCCUGUGGACUAUCUUCACGCGUGUUGCGUUCGGUUCCUUUGGUAUAUUUGUCAUUUCAACCAUAGCUGACAUCAUCUACGGAAAGAUCCGUGGGUAUGUCGCAUUUCGUUCAGCGCAGGGCAAGCAUGGCUGCCAAAAGCCUCCCCGUUAUCCGCACAAAGGCUGGCUUGGACUUGAUCUGAUGCGAGAGCGUCAAACUGCAAGCGACGAAGGGCGUUCGUUAGCCCAUUACGACCACUGGUUCGCCAAACUAGGACCCACAUGGGAAGAGAAGCUCGCUGGCCAGCGACUCAUCAACACGAUCGACAUGGCAAAUAUCCGCGUAACUUUCAAUGCGGACAUGAACACGCUUGGAAGAGCAGGCGCUUUCCACAAGAAUGACUUCCUUGGCCCAGGCAUAUUCUCAUCCGAUGGACCCCGCUGGAAGUUCUCUAGAGGCAUGGUCAUGCCUCUCUUCAAGAAAGUAGAAGUCCGAUCUACUGCGAUGUUCAAGAGACACGUCGAUCGUUUCAUCGCGCAGAUACCACACGACGGAAGCACCAUCGAUGUCCAGCCUUUGCUGAAGAAGAUGAACUUCGAUUCGACCGCAGAGUUCAUUUUCGGCAAGUCCACCGACUCUUUGCUGUCAGGGUCGCCGUACAGCAAUGGUGACUUUAUAGAAGCGUUCAAUUACGCCAAUGCUGGGUCUCUUAAACGACGAAAAGCAGGACGCCUAGCUUUCAGAUACUGUCUAGACCGAGAAUAUCCCAGGACAGUUGCGGAGGUUCAUGCAUUCGUCGAUCAGCAAGUGCAACUUGUGCUCAAUGAGUCGCCUGGUGCUAUUCAAGAAGUAAAAGCUAGAUAUGUUCUGCUCAAUGAGCUUGCACAGCAGGUCAAAGACCCGAUUGCUCUUCGCUACGAAUGCCUCAAUCUUUUUGCUGGCGGAAGAGACGGAGUGGCGGUACUAGCUGCCAACGCGCUCUUCUGUCUUGCAAGAAAUCCCAGUCUUUGGCAGGAACUACGCGAGACGGCACUCACCAUAUGUGAAGGGGCUGAGCUUGAUUUUGAUUCCAAGACUCUCAAGCCCUUCCGCAAUGUUAUCUAUGAGACAAUCCGCUCGAUAGGACCAAGUGCUACUGUAACCCGGACUGCCUUCAAGGACACCAUACUGCCCAAGGGCGGGGGACCUGAUGGCGAGUCCCCAUUGUUUAUGGAGAAGGGCGACCAAGUCUGUGUUCAUGGCUGGGGUUGCAACCACAUCGAAUCGGUUUGGGGAGAUGACUGCUAUGAUUUCACGCCCGACAGGUGGAACCAUAUGAAGAUUCCGCCUGAGUUUGUGCCCUUCGGUGGAGGUCGGAGAAUUUGUCCGGCGUACCAGCAAGUUUAUCUUCAAUCUACGUACAUCUUGAUACGACUUACCCAGGAGUUCGAGAGUAUCGAGAACCGAGAUCCAGUGUUGGAGUAUGUCGAGCUUGACAGAAAUCUCACAGAAAGCCGUAACGGAGUUAAAAUUGGGUUGGCAACAGCCAGACCUUAGGGCGAGUCUCGGUAGUAUUUUGUUUGACUGUAGACCAGUUUGAUAGAUUAGUUAUAUCUGACGUAGAUCUCAAUGAAAAAAUCUAAUCCUACGGCAUGAUAAG